UGCUUCACGCUACCCGGAUCCAUCAAUCAAUCAUCCGAAAUCAUCUUUCAGUUACCAAACCACUCUUCUCUCACACACAUUUCAUCAAACACAAACAAACAAACCUAAAUCCAACAUCCUCAACAUGAACAUGGAUUCAGACCUCAAAGACAUGUCGAAAGAACCCCUGUCCCCACGUCGCGACACCAACCUUGAAGAUCACCCCGCAACAAAAGACCAACCCUCUACAUCCACAUCCGACGUGGCCUCCACAUCCCACUCAGACUCAAACAACAUUCAAGAACUUGAACAGAAAUACGCUGCAUUUGUCCGACAUGACAUGUACGGGACAAUGGGACGUGGUCCGUUACCUUGGACCCAGAAGAUCAUAACCGGUUUUGCACUCAUCACGCUUUUUCCUUUGCGCUUGGUCUUAGCCACAUUAGUGGUGGUGCUCUAUUACUUGAUUUGUAAGGCGUGUACCCUGUUUGCGGUCCCGAAACGGGAGGACGAACAGGAGGAUUAUGCGCAUAUAGGUGGCUGGAGGAGGAAGGUUAUUUUUUGGUUUGGUAGAGUGCUUGGAAGGGCCUUGCUUUUUGUUUUUGGGUUUUAUUGGAUUAACGAGACUUAUAGGAAUCCGGAUAUUGAUAGCAAGUUUGAUCAUGAGUUGGAAGUGACUGAGAAAUCUGAGGAAAGUGAUAGACCUGGUGCAAUUAUAUCAAAUCAUGUUUCACAUUUGGAUAUAUUAUACCAUAUGUCUUCUUCAUUCCCUAGCUUUGUUGCCAAGAGAUCAGUGGGCAAACUUCCUCUUGUUGGCCUUAUCAGCAAGUGCCUCGGGUGUAUAUAUGUUCAGCGGGAGUCAAAAUCAGCAGAUUUCAAGGGUGUUUCAGGUGUCGUGAAUGAUAGAAUUAACGAAUCUCGCCAGGAUAAGUCAGCGCCCAUGGUGAUGCUAUUUCCAGAAGGGACAACUACGAAUGGAGAUUAUAUACUUCCAUUUAAAACCGGUGCAUUUUUGUCAAAAGCUCCCGUGCUUCCUGUUAUCUUGAGAUAUCCAUAUAAGAGAUUUAGCCCAGCAUGGGAUACUAUAUCUGGAAGACGUCACGUGAUCUUGUUGCUGUGUCAAUUUGUAAAUAAUAUAACAGUAGUGAGGUUACCGCUUUAUCACCCUUCGCAAGAAGAAAAAGAAAAUCCAAAACUUUAUGCAGAAAAUGUGCGGAGAUUGAUGGCUCGCGAGGGGGACCUAAAGAUGUCCGAUAUUGGGUUGCCAGAAAAACGAGUGUAUCAUGCAGCCGUCCAUGGAUUGUUUGCUCAAAGAUAAACUCAGAAACAUCAUGUUACAUGUAUACCCAUUCGUUAUUCUUUUGGACGGAAAGCAAGAGAGAAAAAGGGAAAAUAAGAUGGUUUUUUAUUCUUUGUUGUAUCGAAGCAGAGACCCGAGAUUUAUGGAAAUGGUGCAUUGUUGAACAUGAUAUCCCACUUCUGCUUCUUGAACCGGAGUUGGUUUUCUGACAUGAACAAUAUUGUCAGUAGAUAACUUGCUAGGAUUAGUUUGCAUUAAUUUAGAAUCUUGUUAGGCUUUUGUUCUGUAGCUUUUAAAUAACAAUGGCAUUUUGUAACAAGUUUCUGCCAAUGCUUUGUCUUCAUCUUUGGUCUUUUACUAUUGUUUUCUGAGAGGGUUGCAUCUAUUGCUAAAAGAUUGUUGGAUGUUGCAUGUAGAGCUUUCAUAAACCAGUGAAACUGAUCGAAUCGUAAAAUAUA